CAUGGCAAAGCUUCUUCAAACCCUAAUUCCACUCCUUUCCUGCAUAGCCUUGCUCCUUGCGAUCGCCAACACAGCGCGAUCGCAGACGACCUCCUUCAAGUAUGAGUUCAACGGUGAGCAGCCAACCGAGCUACUCUAUCAAGGCCACGCCCACUUCCCGUCCGACUCCACCUACCUCCGCCUGACCAACACCGACAGCACGGGUUACCCGUGGUGGCACAGCACUGGUCGGGCUGUGUAUUCCCAGCCCAUCAAAUUUUGGGAAGCCGGAGCGCCGUUCUACCUCGAAACCACCGUCAAAUUCAUCAUCACACCCGUUGACUCAAACCCAGCCGAUGGACUUACCUUCUUCAUCCAGCCCGUUGGCACCCCACUCGGUUACACCGGCGCCAGCUUUGGAAUCUUUAACAUAUACGGUUCGGGUCCAUCCGUCUUCGCCGUGGAAUUUGACGUCUUAGGCUCAUAUCGUCAUGUUGGGAUUGACAUUGAAUCAAAUGCUUCCAGAAACACAACCAACGUGGGAAACGCAAUUCUGGGGCAGGAGGUGACUGCCCGCAUCAACUACCAGCAAUCUUCCCAGUUGAUCAGCGUUCACGUAACCGCAGGCUCACAAACCUUCGAACUGAGCUAUGUGUUUGACUUGACCACCAUUCUUCCUCAGGAGGUUGAAGUCGGACUCUCCGCCAGCACAGGAGGCGCAGUCGCCAUCUUCGACGUCAUAGCUUGGGAUUACUCUUCAACUCUAGGGCAGACCACCUCCUUCCAAUAUGAUUUCUACGGCCAGCAGCCGACGGACCUACUCUACCAAGGCGACGCCCACUUCCCAUCCGACUCCACCUACCUCCGCUUAAUCAACACCAACAGCUCAGGCUACCCGCUACAAUACCGCGUUGGCCGAGCCGUGUAUUCCAACCCCAUCCAGUUUUGGGAAGAAGGAGCGCAGGUCGACUUCGAAACCACCUUAAAAUUCAUCAUCAACCCAGUUAACUCAAACCCAGGCGAUGGCCUCACCUUCUUCAUCCAAGCCGUAGGCAACCCAAUCGGAUCCUCCGGUGGCUCCUUCGGAAUCUUUGGAUCGCAAAAUCCUUCCGUGUUCGCGGUGGAAUUCGACACCUUCAUCAACCCUAAUGAUCCAAAUUACCGUCAUGUUGGGAUUGACAUUGACUCAAAUGUUUCCAAAAAUACAACCGACGUCGGCGAUGCAAUUCUUGGGCAGGAGGUUACUGCUCGCAUCAACUACCAGCAAGCUUCCAAAUUGAUCAGCGUUCACAUCACCACCGCAGGCUCACAAACUUUUCAGGUGAGCUAUGUACACGACUUGAGCACCACUCUUACUCAGCAGGUUGAAGUCGGGAUCUCCGCCAGCACAGGAGGCGUAGUCGCCGUCUUCGACGUCAUAUCGUGGUAUUUCACUUCCACUCUUGUGAAAACUGGUGCCAAUCGCGAAUUGGAGGACGCCAAAAUUCGCCAAUAUGUGUGAUUUAUGGUUUUAGUGUAUGUGUGUGAGUGUGUGUAUGAUAAAUAAUGAUCGUUACAUCCAAAAAUAAGGCUAAUGACCAACUUAUUGAUGUGUUAUAUGUAUCACUUCUUUAUUAGCUUCAUUACGAGGCCUGUGAGAUUGGAAUGGAAUCAGUUUAUAUGGUUUA